AUGGGCCGGCUGGACGGCAAGAGCAUAGUCGUGACGGGCGCUGGGGCUGGGUUUGGGCGAGCCAUCGUCCAAAAGCUCACUGCCGAGGGCGCCUCCGUGCUGGGCGUCGACAUCAACACCUCUGAAAACGAAAAGACGGUCACGUUGUGCUCCGCCAACCCGGGCAAAGCCCACGCGUUUACAGGCGACAUCACGCUCGAAUCCUCAUGGCGCUCCAUCCUCUCGACGGUGCUCGAAAAGAACUCCAACCGCCUCGACGUGGUCGUCAACUGCGCCGGCGUGGUGCAUCUCGCCGGUCCGUCGCACGAAAUCGCCGAAGAAGAGUUCGAGAGAGUGUUCCGGGUGAAUGUGAAGCCGUUGUAUUUGAGCACCAAGGUGAUCGUGCCGUGGUGGAAGGAGAACAAGGUCCCCGGACUGUUUGUCAAUUUGAGCAGCAUCAGUGAGCCUCGACCGAGGCCAAAUCUGGUGUGGUAUGCCUCCAGUAAAGGAGCUGUGACGGUGGCGACGAAAGGUCUUGCCGCAGAGUACGCCGUCGAUCAGAUCAGGUAUAACUGCAUUCGACCAGCGGUAGGAGAAACGGCCAUGCUUGCCGCAGUACAAGGAGGGAUAGACACGCCAGAAGGACGCAAAAAGGUGCUGGGCACGAUCCCGCUCGGUCGGGUGUGUCAGCCAGCCGAUGUUGCAAACAUGGUGUGCUUCCUGGCGUCGGACGAAGCGAAUUAUAUCACAGGCGCAGCAUUUGACGUCGACGGCGGCAGAGGGGUGAGUUGA